AUGAGGCACAGCACGUUCUGCCUGGCCACAUCUCCACCCCUAUCGGUGUUGGGCAGUGCUAGUCCCCAGGAAGAUGGCAGACACCUUCCACUCCACAUGAUGCUCCCCUGUCAUCCUGGCUUCUGUUUCUGUUUCCUCCUCUUCUGCCUGAGGAGCUCUUUUGGAGAGAACCAGGACUUCUCAGAGCCACAAGUUCUACUGAUAGGCUCACUUCCCCACGUACAACAGUAUGAAGUGGUUGAACCUCUCCAGUUACCCAUUUUAGGGAUUCUGAGAGAACUUUCUUCAGAUGCAGCUGUGCAUCCUGAGAUUGUCCGCUACCACCUAGGCCUGAGAGACCAUAACUUUACCCUUCACCUCCUUAGAAACAGGUACCUAGUGGGGUCAGACUACACAGAAACCUACACUUUGGCUAAUGGCACAGAGGUGACUGAGCGGCCAAAGGAAGAGAAGCAUUGCUUCUAUCAGGGUCAUGUGGAGGGGCACCAUAAUUCCUCUGCCAGCAUCAGCACCUGUGAUGGCAUCCGGGGCUUUUUCCAGAUUGGGUCUACCAUCCAUCUGAUCGAGCCACUAAGAUAUAGUAAUGCCCAGGGAAAACACGCAGUCUAUAGGGAAAGGCAUUUCAAGAAGAAACUGAGCCUCUGUGGUGUCCCCAGGGCCACCCUACGUAGAGAACUAGAGACAAAGAUGGCUACAGUCAACAUGCCCCUGAGCUGGGUGCCUGGAUCCAUCCCAAAAGACACUCACUAUGUAGAGCUCUAUGUGGUGGUGGAGCACACAGAGUUCAAGAAAUACGGGAACCUUUGGAAUAUACGCAAUAGGGUGAAAGAGGUCGUGAAUCAGAUAGAUAGAUUUUAUCAGCUGCUCAAUUUCCGUGUGGUUCUAAUUGGUCUGGAAAUAUGGGACAAAGGUAACAAGGCUGCAAUCACCAAAGACAUACAGUCUUCCCUGAACAACUUCCUGAAAUGGAGAGAAUAUGAUCUAAUCAUGAAGAAGAAGCAUGAUAAUGCCCAGCUGAUCACAGCAUUGGAUUUUGGAAGAGGUGUGGGACUAGCCAGAUUGGGUUCCAUGUGCACAUUAGGUUCUGGGGGUGUGAACCAGGACUAUGACUCACAUCCAUUUGGACUAGCAACCUCCAUAGCUCAUGAAAUGGGACACAACCUUGGCAUGGACCAUGACGAAAAUAUCAAGGGCUGCCGGUGUGAGGUCAGCAAGAUGCAAGGUGGGUGUGUCAUGCAAUCCAUGGGGGUUGAUAAUGCCUACCCCAAGCAGUUCAGCAGCUGCAGCAAGGAUAAUCUGCAGAAGUUUCUUAGGGGGACUAUCUUCCAGGCUAACUGCUUGACCAACUUCCCAGACCUGGAGCAGAAUAAGGGAGAGCCUGUGUGUGGGAACAAGUUUGUGGAACGAGGGGAGGAGUGUGAUUGUGGCCUUCCAUGGGAGUGUUUGAAUCUGUGCUGUAACCCUGUGAACUGCAGGCUGGCCCCAGGAGCUGAUUGUGUCGAAGGGGAAUGCUGCCAGCAGUGUCAUUUCACCGAAGCCGGAGAGCUCUGUCGGGAUGCUCAGGAUGUCUGUGACCUGGCUGAGUACUGCAAUGGCCGACAGGCUAAAUGUCCAGAAAAUGUGUACAAAGAGAACGGCACACCAUGCUGGGAGGGCUACUGUUACAAUGGGGCCUGCCCCACUUAUAAGCAGCAGUGCGAGGCACUCUGGGGCACAGGAUCACGAGUGUCUGAUGACAAGUGCUUCUGGUUUGGGCUUCCUAGAGGAUGCACACUAGCUGAUUAUCCUGCCAAAAGGGGCUUCAACAAGUGUGGGGACCUGUACUGCUCCAGGGCUAGCACAAGUCCCCCCUCCAGGGCUCUGUGCACCUUCAUUUUGGGAGGUAAAAGGUGUGACCUUGCUGUAACACAGAUCAAAAGCCAUAAUCCUUUCAAGAUUGUGGCCACUGGCACAAAGUGUGGUGAGCAGAUGGUGUGCUACCAUAAACGCUGUCAGGGCCUCAGUGUCUAUGGCUCUGAGGACUGUUCCAGUCAGUGCCAUAAUCAUGGGGUCUGUAAUCACAAGAGAGAAUGCCACUGUGAACCAGGCUGGGCUCCUCCGUACUUCAAACCAGUCUGGACCGUGCUCUCACUUCAGCCUACCAGAAUAUAUCCUAGUACUGGCAGUCCCUGUGAAAACAGUGUCUCCAAGGUUCUAAGAAUUGUACCCCAGCAGAUGCAUUCUCUCCAAGAAAAGGUGUCCAGGCGAGGAACAGUCAUUUUCAGGGCGUCGAACCCUACGUUUAACCUUGGCCCGGGCCCUGGUCGACAUUCAGGCGGCCUGCCCCGAGGUGACCCGGGGAUCCCGAGGCAACCGACCCAAGAGCUCUUCCUCAGGCAUCCUGAAGGGAUCUGUUAA